AUGGCUGACCAAGGAUUGGAAGGGAGCCAAUCGGUGGAUCUACAGAAGCACCCUUUUGGGAUCGUGCCUACCCUUCAAAAUAUUGUGUCCACAGUAAAUUUGGACUGUAAGUUGGACCUCAAAACAAUUGCACUACAAGCUCGUAAUGCAGAGUACAAUCCCAAGCGUUUUGCUGCUGUUAUUAUGAGGAUAAGAGAUCCCAAAACAACUGCACUUAUUUUUGCUUCGGGCAAGAUGGUUUGUACUGGAGCGAAGAGUGAACAACAGUCUUAA